CAGCAGCAGCAACAGUGAAAUUGCCAUUGCCAUUGCAACUGCCGUUGCCGUUGCCUGUGCGACGUGCCACGCCCACCAAAGCGGCGACCAAGCAGAUGGCAACAACACAGCAGCAACAGCUGCCGCCGCCACCACAGCAGCAGCAACAGUUGCCGGCGUUGCCAACGAAACUGCCGUUGCCAUUACCAGUAAAAAUGUCAGUGCCGCCAGCAACAGUUGUUGCUGAAGCAACAACAGUUACAGCUGCUGCUGCUGGCGUGCCCGCAGCAACAAUGCUGUUGCCCAAGUUGCCGCUGUAUUUGCCUUACGUCAUGGAACCGCAACAACCUUUAAAUUUGAGUCAUGUAAAGCCAACGUUUAACGAAGCACAUCAGCAACAUGCGCAGCAACAGCAACUUGCACAGCAACAACAGCAACUGCUGUUGCAUCCACAACAACAACAGCAGCAGCAGCAGCAACGUGUUGCAGCAAUGCCAGCGCGUCGUCAAACGAUUUGCGGCUUUGAGGCAAGAAAUCUGUUGAAUCUGGAUGAGAUGCAACCUUUGGAUUUGUCCAAGAAAUCAACGCAAGCAACACAGCUGCAACAGCAGCAACCACAACAUCAGCACCUUCAACAGCAACAGCAACAGCAACAUGAGUUGCCAUUGGGUUUGGCAUUGCCCCUGCCGCUUGUGGCACGUGGCACGGAGGCAGCUGCUGCCGCUGCACAUUAUUAUUCUAAUUUGGAGCUGCUCAAAAUUCCACAAGUGCGUAAUCCAAUGCCCGUGGCAACAGCAAUACAACAGCAACAACAACAACAACAACAGCAGCAGCAGCAGCAACAACAAGCAGCGAUAACAACGCCUGUUGCUGCUGUGAAAACCGGUGGCAAGAAACGUGCCACAGAUGUGGCAAGCAAAAAGGAGAAACAAUCGAGUGCCACAAAAAUGGAUGAAGUGAUUAAUAAUCAUAUCGAUGAUGCCAUCAAUUCUGUGCUACUUGCUGUGCAAGAGGAAGAAGAGCAGCAGCAGCAGCAGCAACAGCAACAACAGCAGCAACAGCUCAUGCAGCAGCAGCAACAACAACUGUUGCUGCAGUCAGCAACAACAGCGACAGCCUUAACUGGCAUGACUGCAGCAAUUGCCGCCACAACAGCAACAACAACGUUUGCAACCACAACCGCAGCAACCACAACAACAACAGCAACUGUUGCCAAGCAUUUGACACCAAAGAAACGUAAUAUGCGUUCGAAAACUAUCGAUUGUCGCUCUGCCUUGUUGCUGACGUCGACCACGCCUACGCUCACGCACACUGUGCCCGCCCACAAAUUGCAGCAAUUGCCAAAUGGCGCAACAGCAGCAGCAGUUGUUGCCAAAGUGGAAACGCCGCCGCCAACACAAACCGAAAUUGUUGUUGUUGCGGAGCCGCAAUUGCCUAAAAUGGAGCAGCAACAAUUGCAGCUCACAGUAGCAGCGGCAGCAACAGCAGUUGCUGCGGUAACGCCAGCAAUGCCUGUCUCGGUGAUUUCAGUGGCGCCACCAACAGCAGCAACAAUAGCAGCAACAGCAGCAACAACAACGACAACAACAGCAACAUUGUUGCUAUCGUCACGUCGCAGUGCGACGCCCAGCUCAUUGCUGGAGGAGCACAACAGCAGCAACAUGCACAACAACAACAAUACAUCGUCGGGCUUUCAUAGUUUGGCGCAAUCGUCAGUGAAUCAGGAAAAGGAGGAGGAAGAACAGAGAGAGCAGGAGGAGAAGGCAAAGAAAGAAGAGGAGGAGCAGGAGAAGGAGAGGCAGACACAGAGACAAAAGAAAGAGCAAGAA